ACUCAACUUCAAGUUUUGGAGGUUACAUUCCAGAUUACAUUUUCUUUUUUCGCCACGAAUAGUAAAUAGAAUAAUUAAUACCUGUUUGUCAACGAUGAUAAGGCAUUUAUGAUAAGUAGAAUAACAAUUUACUUGUUUAGUUUAGUUCCGUAUCAGUCAUGGACGAGAAAGGUAAUGUUAAAAGUAUCAAGCUACCUGAAACUGUAGAAGCUUUUAGCAAUUUGAAGAAUGCAAAGAGAUUUGCAAUUGAUAUUGGUGGAACUCUGACUAAAAUCGCAUACUACUCUACAGUAUCAUAUCGCCGCAUCAACUAUGAGGCGGAUCAGGAUAAUAGCGACAAUUCAGAGGAACAAACAAAAUACGAAAUAUCGGAAGGCGCACGGCUCCAUUUCAUAAAAUUCGAAACAAAGUACAUAGAAAACUGCUUGGAUUUCAUUUGUGAAAAUCUUGUGGCAACCAGAGAGCAGAUGGCUGGGAAAACUAUCAAAGCUACUGGGGGUGGUGCCUACAGAUAUGCUGAUCUACUUCAGGAAAAAUUGGGAUUGUCUGUUGACAAGGAAGAAGAGAUGGACUGUUUGAUAAAAGGUUGCAAUUUUCUGUUGAAAAACAUUAGCGAUGAAGCGUUUGUAUUCAACAGACAUGGAAAUCCCGAAUAUGACUUCCAAAUGGCAGAUCCUAAUAUAUUUCCGUAUUUAUUGGUGAAUAUUGGGUCUGGUGUCAGUAUUAUGAAGGUGGAAUCAGAAGAUUCGUAUGAGCGUAUAGGAGGCACAGCAACUGGUGGAGGAACGUUUUGGGGAUUGGGGUCCCUCUUAACCAAAGCCAAAGGUUUCGACGAACUACUAGCGCUGGCAGAGAGUGGCGACCACCGCAAAGUGGACAUGUUGGUUAAGGACAUAUUCGGCGGCGACUGCAAGGCGUUGGGACUGCCGGCCGAUCUGAUCGCCUCCUCCUUCGGCAAAGUCUGCCCCAAACGCGGUACAGAAACAAUGUGUUCUGAAGCGGACGUGGCUCGUAGCCUUCUGUUUACGAUAAGCAAUGACAUUGGUCAGAUUGCCUGCCUAUACGCCAUGAUGCACAAACUCAACAAGGUGUACUUCGGUGGUUAUUUUCUGCGCAACCACCCUCUGAGCAUGCACACAAUCUCCUUCUCAAUCAACUACUGGUCGAAAGGGGCCGUGCAGUCGCUGUUUCUCAGGCAUGAGGGAUAUCUGGGUGCAAUUGGGGCCUUCCUCAUUGGUGCUGAAGAGUGCGAUGAUGAAAGGUAUAGCUGGCUGGAGAACUACGCAGGCAGUUCGGGCCUACAGAGCUACGUGGAGUCGAAGGUGCAUCCCCACCUGGACGCAAACCCCCUCUCCGUCGAUCAGCUGGAGUUGGAUCGGCUGGAGUCCCCCCUGGCCUACUGCCCUCUCCUCACCGCACCCCACCUCUAUGUCGCCGACACUGUUGACCUCAAUGCGGACGCCGAGGCUAGGGAGUAUUGGCUACAGUGUUUCGAGGACUCCCUGGACAAGUUCGUAGUGACGGCGAUAGCGUCGCAGCCGAGCAGCGAGACGGGCGAACUGCGUGCUCAGCAGUUUCGGCACAAAUACGUGAGUCGACUGCGGCGACUGAGACGGCAGCCGUUCGCCUACGGCAACCUCACUGUCCGAUCGCUGCUGGAUACCAUCGAGCACUGUCUCAAGGAGUUCGACUUUCCCGACCCCUAUCUCAAUCAAAAGCAGAUGGAGAACGAGUGCGCUCUGUCGCUGUUGAGAGAGAGACUGGACGAGCUGGAUGGCAUGCAGAGUGAGAGAGACAGACAGGUGGAGCUGGUCACCUCCAUUCUGGCCGGCAACAUGUUCGACUGGGGAGCCAAGGAGGUCGUGCAGAUCAUGGAGUCCAAGCAGUUCGGCUUCAGGGAGGCAAGAGCUAGGAUACCUGAGCGUCCAUGGCUUGUGGACUGUUUGGACUCGUGGCUGGACCGCCUGCAGCAGCGGGAGAAACCGCAUCAUUGUGCCGCCAUAUUUGCUGACAACAGCGGAGUCGACAUCAUACUCGGCAUACUGCCCUUCGCCAGAGAGCUCAUACAGAGAGGCACCAAGGUAAUCCUGUGCGCGAACUCAGCCCCGGCCUUGAACGAUGUGACUCACAGCGAGCUGCUGGUGAUACUGCGGCAGGCGGGAGCUAUCUGUCCUCUGAUUGGUCGAGCGCUGGCCAAUGGCCAACUCACUGCCAUGGAGACGGCACAGGCUGGGCCUUGUCUAGACUUGAGUCGCCUGAACGGAGACCUAGCCAAACAGAUGCGUGCUGUCGACCUGUUGGUGCUGGAAGGCAUGGGAAGGGCGGUUCACACCAACCUCAACGCGCAGUUCAACUGCGACACGCUCAAAGUGGCUGUCAUCAAAAACACAUGGCUGGCAAACCGGUUGGGGGGACCUAUGUUCAGUGUGCUCUGCAAAUUCGAAGCUAAGUCAUAGCCAGCGUUAACUGAAUCUUAGUUAACCAAGUGGUUGAACAGUUGAGACAACGUGAAUCGUCAAGUGAGUGAAAUAGUUGAAAGCGUUGAAGACGUCCAUUUGAGGUAACGAGUCGGUUAUAUCAAC